GAAGUGAGGUGGGAAUAAGGGGAGAGAGAUUAGCGCUGCGAGGAUUGGCGAUGGCUCGCGCUCUCCUAUCUCAGUUGCUCAUCCUCUCCGACCGCCCCCCUCGCUUCUCCACAUCGAUCAUCGGCCGUGGUCGAGAUCUCACAAGAACCCGAGGAGCUGUCCCGUCUCGUUUCCCUCUCUUGCCCGGCUUGGACUUUAGAUGCAAUUGCACCGCUUCCUCUCCUGUGGCCGAGGCCCCGGGGGUUUCUCCCAGCCCUAUUAGGAAAAGGGUUGUUUCUGGGGUCCAACCUACGGGAUCAGUACACCUUGGAAAUUACCUUGGUGCAAUUAAAAAUUGGAUUCUCCUUCAGGAUACUUAUGAUACACUCUUCUUCAUUGUAGACUUACAUGCAAUCACACUACCAUAUGAUACCCCAGAGUUGUUGAAAGCAACAAGAAGUACAGCUGCUAUAUAUCUAGCUUGUGGUGUCGACCCACUCAAGGCUUCAAUAUUUGUGCAAUCUCAUGUCCGUGCUCAUGUGGAGUUGAUGUGGCUGCUCAGUUCUGCUACACCACUUGGUUGGCUGAACAGGAUGAUCCAAUUUAAAGAAAAAUCUCGGAAGGCGGGUGAUGAGAAUGUCGGAGUUUCACUUUUAACUUAUCCUGUCCUAAUGGCUUCAGAUAUUUUGUUAUAUCAGACUGAUUUGGUACCAGUUGGUGAGGAUCAGAAACAACAUUUGGAACUUACUCGUGAACUAGCUGAACGCAUAAAUUAUUUAUACGGAGGAAGGAAGUGGAAGAAACUGGGGGGGAGAGGUGGUGCACUGUUCAAGGUUCCUGAAUCCCUUAUUCCACCUAUUGGGGCCCGGGUGAUGUCCUUGACUGAUGGUCUUUCAAAGAUGUCGAAGUCUGCUCCUUCAGAUCAGUCUCGGAUCAAUCUUCUUGACACAAAAGAUGUAAUUGCAAACAAGAUAAAGCGUUGCAAGACCGACUCACAUCCUGGAUUGGAAUUUGAUAAUCCAGAAAGACCUGAAUGCAAUAAUCUUCUAUCCAUCUAUCAGAUUAUUACUGGGAGGACGAAAGAGGAAGUUGAACAUGAAUGCCGAGAUAUGAACUGGGGAACAUUCAAAGCAACCCUCGCAGAUGCUCUAAUUGAUCAUCUACUCCCAAUUCAGGUUACAUUUGGAUAUCAUUACACAAUUGUUUGGCUCGGUACUCGGAGAUCACCUCUGAUCCAGCAUAUCUGGAUCAGAUUUUGUCAGAGGGGGCUAGAAAAGCAGCCGAUAUAGCAGAAACCACUCUCAAUAAUGUCUAUCAAGCUAUGGGGUUUCUGCAGAGAUAGUUUUGUUCCAAGAUAACUUCAGUAGCUUCGGAUGCAUUUGAAGGGGAACCGUCAAGUUAAAGUGUGACCGUGCUUUGAAUUCUCCAGGCAAUUCACUGCAUAAGUGCUGAGUUAUCCUCUCAUUCUUCGAACAAAGAGCAGCAUUCAUGAUUAGUCCACAGCAGAUGACAAAAUUCUUGUGUACUGAUAAUCAUAGUUUUGUGUUUGACUUGAUGCAGCAGUAAUUUAUAAGUAAAAUGAUCAAAAUUUAAGGGUCAUUCCAUAAAUUAUUUGGUAGAAAGGCACUUGUGAUUUUUAACCUAGAAAAGCUACAUCCUCAGAAUUAGCUGGAAAUAUGUAUUGCUACUUGCAAUUCUGUAAUUGAACCCUUUGCCUCAGUUUAUAAAUUGUAAACUGGAUAUUUUGUUUUACAA